AUGCUCCUGUGCGGGGAGCGGCAGCGUCCGCCUGGGGGACCCGGGCUGGGGGGGCUCACGGAACACCGUUACAUGGUGUGGCCCGUGCUUCUUCAGUCUCGUCUUCUAGUGCUUCCACUGAUUUUUAAAUUCCAGUGCAAAGAGGACAGCUGUCACGAGCUCAGCCCCCCGUCCCUCGGCGAGCAGGCACGGGAGCGCUGGCGUCAGGACAGUGGCAGCCUCGCAGGCCGCUGGGGCUUCCGCUGCGGGGGACUGAGGCUGGGCAUGAAGGAGGACGGAGUUCAGUGA